GAGGUGAGCCACGGCCCCAUGAACAACACCAACAUGGUGUACGGGGUGUGUAACGCCGAGUCAGGCUAUCAUAGUCAGGCAUACUCUUCCGAAUUACAACACUACUAUGCGCAGUGUCAGUCUCACGAGGUUGUACAGGGCCAGACCUAUAUCCCGCCCGCCCUCACGCCCACGGACCACCACCGCCCGCAGCACACGAACCUGCAGGACGCCCACGUGCCCUCCUCGUAUACCAACUUGGACGAUUACAGCAGCGUAGGAUACCCCGGGCACGCAGCAGGAGGCAUGAGCGCCGCACAGCACCACGUCACGCAGGGCUACGACUACACGAGCGCGGUGCAGGCGGCGGCCGUGGCGGGGGGCGUCGGCGGACAGACGGGCGUGAUGUCGCCAGCAAGUGCGGGCUACCCGGGCUACUUGGACCCCGCCGCCCAGUACCGACACAUGAGCAUGGGUCUCUACGCCCAUCACGAGGGCGUGCGAGAGGCGUGCGGCGUGGGCGGCAUGAUGGGCGGGUCGCCACACGGCCUGCCGCACCACCAGCCGCAGCAGACGGUCCCCACGUACAAGUGGAUGCAAGUGAAGAGGAACGUCCCAAAGCCAGCGCCCAAGACGGACUACGGUGGCUUCGGCGGCGGGACAGGCCGCACCAACUUCACCACGAAGCAGCUGACGGAGCUCGAGAAGGAAUUCCACUUCAACAAGUACCUGACGCGCGCGCGGCGCAUCGAGAUCGCGUCGGCGCUUCAGCUCAACGAGACGCAGGUCAAGAUCUGGUUCCAGAACCGCCGCAUGAAGCAGAAGAAGCGCAUGAAGGAGGGCCUCAUCCCCCCUGACCCCCCCACCGUGUCCACCCCGAGCGAGAACAGCAACGACUCCGACUCGACGACCAACAACAGCGGCGGCGCGGGCGGCGGCUCGGGCGGCACCGGCAGCACCACCUCCGGCGGCGGCGGCGGCGGCGUCACCACCAAGCCCGAGUCGCCGGGCUCCGUCGGCAGCGGCACCAGCGCUUCCCAGCCCCUGCAAGUGCCCACGAGCGCCAGCAAACCCAAGACGCAGGCGCUGCCCGCCACCACCCAGAGCCCCUCGUAAGGGCGCCCUUGGGCCUCGGGUCCGAAUGAGCUUUAACCCCGAGCCUCGCCGUGGGCGGUGGCAGGGUGAGGGCGGCGCCCGCGGCAGCCCCGCCGUGGGCCUGCCGCCGGGUUUGCCAAACGUUCUCAGGGUUCCUCUUAUCAUAACCGGCAGUCGCGUCGUCGGGCCGCCCGCGGCUCCUUGUACCAGUGUCAGACGCACACCACUGCAGCAGAAGGCGGCACCACCCGCCGCCCGCCUCCUCGACACGCCCACGCGCCCGUCAGGCCCUCGCCCGGGCCGAGCGGGCGGCGCGGCGUCGCCUGAGAGGGUCUGCCGUCGAUCGCGGAACCGAACCUUGUGAUGCAAAAGCGUGCAACUCUCCGACUCGCAACGUCUCUUCUUCGUGUCCUGAGCGGCGCCGGUGACCCGGGCCCCGUGACGGCGCCCGGCGAAGGGGCAGCAGGUGCGGCCCCGGGAGAAGUGGCAGCGAAGGGCGCGCCCCCGGGGAUCCACCUGGGCUACCCUGUCACUGAUCCUGUCGGGCCUGCAGGACCUGCAGGAGUGGCUGCAGGACCUCUCGGCUUCUAGCGACGUCACGGCGGUGGCUGUCAUCAUCACUCUUCUAGCUCAGGGAAUUUGAUCACUUCAUGCUGCAGCCUUUCACGCUGACCUCUGCCGGCAGGACUCCCUCGACACGCCCGGAGGAGCCGUGCCGCAGGAUGUCAACCUCAUUGGCCUCUCUUCAUCGGUCGUCUUCUGGGAUGAAAGUCGUCUUUAUUUUGUCAGUCUUUUUUUUUUAAUUUCAUUUGACUUCCUGGCUUGAGCUUCGAAGCUUAUUUUUGAAUGUUAGAGGAAAGAAACACUGAAGGAAGUGGCAAUGCGGAGGCGACACCCGCUCUUCCCAAGCUUCACGUGCAAUAUUGUUUCUGUGGGAAGGCUGUGGUGUCUUUAAUAUGGUGACACGAGGAUUAGUUGAAAGUGUAAUGUAUGUAGUGAUGGAUGUGUAUAUAUUAUAUAAAUAUAUUUUUCUGGUAAACAUACCAUAUUGUCCGCAUUGUUGGCUGCAAUAGGGAUGUCCCCCUUUUAAAUGCUAUGUAAUAAUUUAAGUAUAUUAUUUUAUUUUUUUUUUCGUCAUUUUCUAAAAAAAAAAAAAAAUCAUUUUCACGGAUAUUAUUGCAUCUGAUGUCGAUCAUUCACUGGAAAUCCAUCAUGCAUUAUUAAACCUUUAUUUCUGAGAUGCCAGUCAUCACAAACUGAGGAAGACCGAAGUUGUUUAUUCUUUUGUCAUCACACUUUUAAAGUUCGAAAAGUAUGAUGACAAAAACAUAAUGUAAAAGGGAGAUAUUAUUAUCGCUAUACUUAUUCACAAUGUUUAUCCUUCAAGCGAAAAGCUAUGAAGGAAGUGACAUAAAAACCCGAAUAACAGUUCACGCAAAAAAAAAAAAAAAAUCAUACAAAAAAAAAUAAUAGAAAAGUUCAGAUCAUCUUUUUUUUUUUUCUUUUCUUUUUUCACAGCAGAAGAUCACAGAAAAAAAAGACACCAGAUGCCUUUAAUAUUUAGCUAAUGAGAUGGAUGAUGAGCAAUUCAUAUCGGGUUUAAAUCAAGCUAUUGUUAUCACAUCUGUGUGUGGACAAGUAACAUACACUUUGUCAGACGUUGAUACAUUCCACAAUCGCUGGUCCAACCACCCCCUCUAUCCCCCUUUAGCCACUACCCCCCCCCUCUUCAAUCAGUUCACUCCCCCUUCCCCAUUCCCCUUUUCCACAUUCAAUUUUCCCUUUCUCUCUCCCCUCAUUUAUCCCCCCUCUCCCUUCUUCUCUUAACUUACCCCUUUGAUUCAAUCUCUUUUACCCUCCUUUUCAUUCAGCCCUCUCCCCCCCUUUACCCCCUACCCCGCUUAUCAUUCACCCCCCUCCCCUUUACCCCCACUUAUUCUUCAUCCCCUCCCCCUUUAAUCAUCAUUCACCCUCUCCCCCUUACCCCCACUAAUCAUUCACCCCCCUCCCCUGGCCACCUCCCCUCCCUCCCCCAAUCCUUCAUUCACACACACCAUAUAAAAUGAAGCACAUCUAAGGUUUUUUGUAGGAUAGGGGGGGUUAGGGUGGAGGAAGGGGGUUAAGGGAGGGGGAAGGGAGGGGGUUAUUCUCGUUCUGUAUGAUUAGAUCUGCAACAAUAUUACGUCAAGAAAUAAGGAGGGGGGGGAGUGUCGAGUAGAUUAACGAAAAUUCAUGCAAGUCUUUCUCAGAGGAGAGAAAAUACCUUUUUUUGUAAGUUAUAACGGACGUUUUAUUUUUGCUAUAUCGUUCCUGUGUGUGUGUCUACUUGUAUAUAUUUUGUAUAAAGUAUUUCCUGGUAAUAUUAUCACUGAAUAUGAAUAUUAAUAUUAAUAUUAACGAUAACCAUAAAACACAGAUGUUUCUAAAAACCCGUUGUGCUUUAAGAAUCACUGAUGCCAGAUAGUUUGUGGUAUAGUUUAUUUUGCAGGAUCAGUGUCUCACUUGCGGCAACGCUUAGUGGUUUCAUAUAUUGUAAUAUAUUUGGUUCAUUUGGCAUCACAUAACGCUCUUUGUAACACUCCCUUGUGUCCUCUGGCCGUCUCGCUCCCUGUGUCUUCGACUUUGUCUCUUGUCUGCGUGCUGUCUUCGGAUUUUCGAGUUUUGUUUUUAGUCUCUGUCUGUUUCUACUUAUUUUUCUUUUCUUUUUUCUCUCCUUUGGUUUCUAUCUACUUUUCUUCUAUUUCUUCGUGUUCUGUUUCUUCUCCUACCUCUGCUUCUGCAUAUUCUUUCUUUUCUUCCUCUUCUUCAUCUUUCAUUUUCUUUCUACUCUUCUCCCCUCCUCAUCUUCAUCAUCCUUCGCCUCUCCUCUCAUUUCCCCGCAUCAUCUCCCUCCGCUCCAUUGCAUCUCCCUGAUUUCCCAUCACAAAAAUAAACACAGAUAACCUGUACAUAAACUCUCUUAAUAUAAGAAGGCGCAGAUAUCUCAAAGUAUACACUAAGAUGGGGUGUUGUUUUGUACAUAGAUCUUGUAAAUUUGUGUUUUUACCAUUGCCAUUAUUAUUAUCAUUUCUUCUCCAGCCAUAUCAGUGUAAAUUAUACUCUGGAACAAUGAGCUUUUCAAUAAAGUACAUAUUGAAUAU